AGCCUCGGCGGUGUGAAACGUCUCCUCAUUGGUGUCCUGCUUCACUAUAAAUAUAUCUGAUGCUGAUGCUGAGUAUAAAAGCCUGAAUGGUCUUCACCCUGAUCUCACUGUGUGUGUGUGUGUGGAGAACCGAAACGACACUGCAGAAUAAUCCUGGUUUUAGACACAAUAAGAAUGAAGAUUGUUUUGGUUUUUGUUCUGAUUAUUCUGAUCACACUGCAGCUCAGCACCUGUGAAGCAGCAGUUGAAUCAAAAUGCACUGGUGGUUGGAAAGGCUUUGGGAGAAAGUGUUAUAGAUACAUAACGGAAGCAAAGCCGUGGAUAGAAGCUGAGAAAUAUUGCCAGCAGUUAGGAGGAAACCUCGCAUCUGUGCACAGCAAUCAAACGCAAUAUCAACUGAAGAGAAUGGGAAAGAUCUCCGGCAAAUACCAUCGCACCUGGAUCGGAGCUCAGGAUGCAGUGAUGGAGUCGACCUGGCUGUGGAGCGAUGGCUCUGUGUUUGAUUUCAUGGCGUGGCAUUCUGGAGAACCAAGUCACUAUGGAGGAUAUGAACACUGCGUGGAGAUGAACUAUGGAGAUGAAGUUCUGUGGAAUGACGCCAGGUGCAACACUGAGCUCUACUUUCUGUGUCAGAAAGCAGCAAACAGCCCAAACACCUGUAAAAGAAGAUAGCUGCUCAUAGCGGCUUAUAACUGCUCAUAACUGCUUAUAAUUGCUUAUAACUGCUCAUAACUGCUCACAUUACACUUAUUAUUUUUCUUAUUUUCUGUCAAAGACAUUGACUUUACAAUAUUAAAGCAAUGUAUUAUAAUAUGAAAAUAAAGAUGAAUGAUGAAGCUUGA